GGAAAAAAUUAUGUGACCAGUGAGGUGCAACAAUUGAUUAACAAUGCAAAGGGAAAUAUGGCGCGGAGUACAGCGUGGAUAAAGUUUAAGCGUUCGAACUAGUUUGCGAUUAUGAUGCAUUUAUGAACGGCACGUGUUGUGUAUAGUUCGUAAAAGUUUUGACACGUUUUAUUGUUACAUGUGAUUACGUACUUUGGUAUAAUGAUUGCUUAGGCUAGUCGGCAGUGGUUUAUAACUGUACACAUAUUUUCUGCAUGUAAUAAGAAAAUGACGCAGUAUAGCAGUGGAAGUGGUAGUAGCACCAGCAGCAGUGGUCAACAUGACCUUAUUAAUCGACCACAAAGAUCCAUCACUGAGGAAAAGUUGAUGGUUGCAGUGCGCAUCAGGCCUCUGAAUUCCGAAGAUGAUGGGACGAGGGUCUUGCAUGCAAUUAAUGAUAAGAUGGUUGUCCUGGAGGAAGUCGACGGCGAGAAGGGAGAUGUUCUCCGUCAGAAACGCGGUGCAUCCCGCCAAUAUCUCUACGAUAUUGCGUUCGGUGAGGAUUCAACUCAGGAAGCAGUUUACGAUGGAACGACCAAAACUCUUGUUCAGGACGUUUUGAACGGCUAUAAUGCAACGGUGUUCGCCUACGGAGCUACAGGAGCUGGAAAAACUCAUACGAUGGUUGGAAGCCCAUCUGAACCAGGAGUCAUGGUCCGGGCUUUGAACGACAUAUUUCUAGCUGCUCAAAAACUUCCGACGAACGUAGAAUUCGCGGUAACGAUGUCCUACAUGGAAAUAUACAACGAGAAUAUCAGAGACCUAUUGAAUCCUGGAACAGGAUACUUGGAGUUGCGAGAAGAUUCGCGCGGCCGUAAUAUUCAGGUGUCUGGACUUUCGGAAAUCUCAACAAACUCAACUGAGGAGGUAAUGCAGCUUUUGCACAAAGGAAAUAGAGCACGAACCGUAGAGCCAACUGCAGCUAACAAAACAUCCUCUCGAAGUCAUGCACUUCUCAGCGUGACAGUGAAACAGACCCAUCCAAUCCAGGAGGGUGAUCGUGCUAGAACUCGCAUUAAGCAGGCACGUCUUUUCAUGAUCGACUUGGCGGGGUCAGAAAGGGCGAAGCAAACAAAGAAUCAAGGGAAACGUCUUCAGGAGGGAGCGCAUAUAAACCGGUCUCUGUUAGCGCUUGGUAAUUGUAUAAAUGCACUGUCUGGUGGAGCUCGAUAUGUGAACUAUCGGGAUUCGAAGUUGACGAGGUUGUUGAAGGAGGCGCUAAGUGGUAACUGUCGUACAGUGAUGAUUGCCCACGUUUCACCAUCAAGUAGCCACCGUGACGAGAGUAAAAAUACACUGGCCUACGCAGAUAGAGCAAAUCGGUUAUCGAAUAAAGUCGAGAGAAACGUUCUCGAUGUCAGUUACCAUGUUUCACAGUAUCGCAAUAUCAUCAGUGAUCUCAAAAGCGAGAUAUCCAGGCUGCGUAAUAAGAUGCAGGAUGACCGUCCCAGAAGUAAUACAGCUGUCGAAGAGCAUGGUGGUAAUCUGAAAAAUCUUAGGGAAAAAAUUGUAUCUACAUUCAGAGAGCAGAUGAGAUUGAGACGAAAACUUAUGGAAUUGGAUAGCCAUCUCCUUGGAUUGAAAAUGGCAGCGGAACAACAGCAUUCUAUUAUAUCACAGUGGGAGUCGCGAAAUAAUAAAUUAUACAAAACCACCAGAGGGUCAACGUCACGUCGCGUAGGAACAGGGAACUACGACGAUGACGGAGACUUUCUCGAAGAAAUUGAAAAUGAUGCAGCGAUGCAGCACGCGUGGGCCGAGCUUGCUGAAAUUAACAAGGAACAGGAACGCUAUUCUGAAUUGAGGGCAGCCGCUGAUCAAGAGCUGGAAAAAUGCCGUCAGCGUAGCCUACUUCUUGAAGAUGAGCUUCCAUCCCGAAUUAGUUCAGAUGACGAACGAGAAUUGUUGGCUCUUAUGCUGCGAGUUCAUGAACUUGAAGCAGAUAAAAUGAUGCUGCAGAGUGAGAGAUUGGUCAAACAACACGAGCUUAGAAGACGCGAAUUAUUAAUCUUACGAUAUGAUAGACAGCGUCAAAUAUCGGAGGAAAUUAUCACCAGACAGAGGCAACUGAUGGAAGAUGGCCAAUUAACUCUUCCUGCCGAUUUGCAAGAACUGUAUUCAAUGUAUCAGCAAGAAAUCCAUGCCGCUGCAUAUGCUGAGUCUAAUCUAAGUGAUUCGCCUGGCGCAAAUUCCAGUCUUGGAAGAAAGUUACCUCCAAUAUCUACUAGAUAUGGCUAUGACACUACGAGCACCGAUUUUCGGGGCAAUAGUAGUUCAACAGAUUCAGAUUGGGAACUUUCGCCUUUGCCCCAAAUCGAGGAGCCAGCGACGGACGUCAACCAAAUAAUGGGGGCCCCCGUACAUCCGUUAAUAUCAGCAGCAGGCCUGUUCCCACCAAUUUCAGCAACUAUUGGCAGCAGAAAUUUCGAUAAAAAUCUGAGACGAACUGCUAGUGAAAAUAGUAUGGUUAAUUACAGUACGAGCUUCCAGAAAAAUAGCACCUGACGAUCAAAGUACGACCUGCAGUAUCCCAGGCAACACAUGAGAACUAACACAGUCGAUUAUGAGGAUGAAGAUGAUGCGGAAGUCGAAGUAGAGUUAAGUGGAACGAUUUUUAAACCACUGAACAGAUAAUGAGAAUUCAGGGUAUGAAGAUAUCACAUAUGUUGCUAAUUAAUGGGAAUGCUAACAGAGAAUACAAGCAGAGAUCGUUUUAGACAACAUUAACCAAAUAAGUACAUGAGCUGGUUUCGAAAAGUGCAGCUCAACUUGAUCGCACAAAGCGUAUGUAUCUAACGUAUGUAUACGUACGUAUACUUCACUGACUUUAUUAUCCCUAAUUAGGGCAACAUAUCAUUUACCUCCAUGCAUCAAAGCCGGUAGAUUAUCUUUUGACUGUGUACCAGAAAUAUAUUUGAACAACAAGAAAUUUAGUCCUUAUUUGUUAUGCAAUCAAUGAUAAAGUAUCUCGAGUGUCAAGCCAAAUAAAUGCAUACCUGAAUUCAAUGCCACCACUAUCGUGAGAUUGUAGUUUAACUCAACACUGAAUACAAUGCAAUAGGAAAUUUAAAUUUGAUAGACAAAAUUCUAGUUUGGUAUAAUCCAGAGUUAACACUACACUCUUCUUAAUGAAGAGAUUUUAAAAAAUCAGUAGUCUUCUCUUUUGUAUCAUAGUUUAAAACAACAUAAUGCAAUACCUGCAUACAUACAACGUACGAACUUCAAUAGUAUACAUAUUGAAAUGCGCUCAAUUACAGUUGAUGUUGCAGUACAUUAGUACUUGGAUUGUUAUUUUUAGUUUAUCAUCAUAAGUACUAGUUUCUCGUGUAUUUUUUUUUCCAUCAAUUUAUCUAUACACGAGAAUACGCACCAGCAACGAUACCAAUUGAUCUUCUAUGAAUCGAAUAGAACGAGAUGCUAUUAUGAUUAUCGUUCUUACAUUCUUAACCGUCGAUCAAGUUUGAUGUGUUGAAACUUGAACAACUUCUGACCAAUUGUAUGAACUAAUUUUUGCAGGUCAAAAACUUAUGGAAGGAAAAUUCAAUAUUAUAU